GUUACCAUGGCAGCCAGUCUCCAUGGAGACAGAAAAACGACAACACCAAAGGUUCGAACUCUAGUGAGCAUGCUAAUCAGCUGGGGUUUUUUUCGCUUCUUAAGGCUAAGUAAUUUUAUCAUUCGUUUUUAAGCAACAGUAGUUAGCUUAAAACCGAAGUACAAGCAUAUUAUAUGCAUUAGCUGCAGUUUUAAGGCAGGUUUUUCUUCUUUUCUUAUUUGUUGUUAUGGAAUUUCUCGGAGUGUCAUCUUACCAAAACUUGCAGGCUUUGUCUGCGCUGUUAUCAACUCAGCAGGAGGAAGAUGAGGAUGAAGACUGUAAACAAAAUGCAACAACCUAUAGACAGCUUGGUCCUGGACAUAUUGGCCCCCCUCCUAAAAAAGAAAAAGAAGUGUCUACUGCCUACACAAAGAGAACCAGUAAAGAUAUCUGGAGUGAAGAGGAGGUGGCUGAAGGCUCUCAGUAUGAUGAUCUGGCUGACCCGAGACCACAACCUGAGUAUGAAAUAAUCCUGAAGCAGAGUGUUGGAACAGAGGAUUUGUUCCUGGGCUUAAGCCAGAAGGACCCAUCUUCAAUGUGCUGUGAAGCCAUGCUGGUUAAAAUAAAGCUACCCGACACAAAGGCAAAAGAUGUCUUCUUGGAUUUAAAGGAGAAGUACCUGGAUCUGCGGACUCCAAAGUAUAAACUGGGUCUCCAUCUGCCCCAUCCCAUCCAGAAUCAAGAGGGCAAGGCUCAGUUCUUUAGCGACAGGCAGGAACUGGAGGUGACUCUACUGAUGAAGUGACCCAUGGACUUUAUCAACAUGCAGUAAAAGAAGGAUAAAGGAAUUAUUUUAGCUUUAAAAAAGAAGCAAACAUCUUGGUGGGAAAGUUACGAUUGCACACACAGGCUUGUUUAGUGCCUGAAAACAAUGACGGAAGAAAAUCCCAUUUAUUUCUGUAAAUUUUAAUUAAAUCUGGGCUCUUUUCCAUAUGCAGUCUCUGACUUCAUAAGAAAAAGUUAUAAUAAAUGUUUUCUGUGCUUCAGUA